UCUCUCUCUCUCCUUCUCUUUCCUUUCUCUCUCUUCCUUCUUUGCUUCUCCUUGGCAGAGAAGAGAAGAGGAGUGCGUAAGCUUAUACAGAGGUUUUUGGAAAGGAUUUGUUGUUCUAUUUGCUGUGUUGGUGGUGGUGAAGAUGAUGGUUGCAAAUAGUUUUGAUCUAUGGCAAAAAGAUGCAUUCUUUUCUGCAGCUGAGGAGGUUCAGGAAUCUGCAGAUAUAAUGGAAUCAGCAUAUAGGACAUGGGUAAGAGAGAGGAGAGAAGGACUAACACAUGAGGAUUUGGAUGAACUCUAUAGAGAGCUGAAAACUGCUUUGGGUACAGCAAAAUGGCAGUUGGAAGAGUUCGAAAGAGCUGUUAGGUUGAGUCAUAGGCAACGCUGUGAUGAUAAUACAACAGCAAGGCAUAGGCAAUUCAUUGCUGCCAUAGAAAACCAAAUUUCUCAUGUUGAAGAGGCAUUAAGGGAAUCCUUUAAUGAGGAAGGUAAGCAACCCCCUCAAUGGGUAAAUUUGGAUCAAGAAGAACGGGAUGAUUUGGCAUUGUUUCUCUCUGGCACUUCCGGGACCUUGCAAAAUGCAAAGGAAGAGCAUGUAGAGCUUGGACAUUCCAUGAAGGGCUCUCCUAGGGAGAAUCAUUACAAGAGAAAAGAGACGGAUUUUAAUCUUAAUGCUGCCUGCAACAGAGAUAUGCCUGAUGAAAUCAAAGGUUUUAAAGAUGUUGUUACAAUUAAUAAGGAUGCUACAUAUAUCAUAGAACUAGAAGCAAAAGAAGCUCCUGGAACAAGGGAUGAUAUAAACUGUCAAGCAGAUAGAACAACUGGUACAAGGAGAACAGGGAACUCACCUCCUGGUUCUUGGAAGAUUGUAAUUGCUGAUGAAGAUGAACACAGCAAGAAACUGGUGCCAAGUAUUGAGGCCACACCCAAGGGGAAGGGAUCCAAAGCAGUCCUCUGGAAGCAAAGGUGGGGAGAACAUCCUCAGGCGAAGAGAGGAAUUAAUUGGUUCAAUCAGAUCUUUGGACGAGUUGGUGGGCUCCAGAGACAAUUACAGAGUCCCUUACAGUUGCAGUUUAGUUGUUCAGUCCAACUUACAAUUGCAUUGAUGCUAACUAUCUUUUUGAUCGUGCCUUUUGUACUCUAUUCAAACUGAGACUGAAAUGGCUUCUAUUGCUCGGAAUCAGGAUGUGAGGUGUCAAAGCUGUGCUCAAGUCGAGGAAGAUCUUUUCAGAAUUUCCUGGUUCUACAAGCUGGGUAAACCGUCCUAAGGUUAAGGAGUAUUACAGGCAACAGUAAUAGUGUAUUUUUUCUAGAUUUGCCUUUCACACAAAAUGCAUAUGUAUCAUCUGUCAUCCAUGUAGUCUUAACCAGAAGCUCCCAGAAAUAUGUGGUAGCAUAUCAAUCUCAUUUGAAUGUGAACUCUAAAUUUUAGAAGUGAAAUCAUAGUGGGAUUGUCAUUCCUGGUGUGUUUAGGAGCCAAAAUCACGGUCAAUGUUCUAUCAUACCACCUGCAUUGUAUCCAAUAACUUGUAAAAAAAGGUUUUCUUUUUAACUAUUUGUGCCGUAAUUAUGCUUU